AUCGGCAGUUUCUAGACUAGUAAUCACGGGCAAGUAGGCAUAGCUGCCUAAAUGCCAUAGAGCGUCGCAAAAACAGGGCUUGAAGUGCGACCAUACGUGCACUCUCGGCAUGCUCAGGGUUCGCACUCCACGCGCAAGCCACUGAGCCCUACUCAGCGAGGAUAGAGCAGAGAGGGAAACUCGCCAUUCCCCCCUAUCCAUCCGUCUGAGCCCCGUCGCGCCAUUCCCACCAUACGCGUGUCCCAUCGCCAUCCGCGUGUCGGGAACAGCAGGUAUGGGAGUGGUUGGUGGGAUAAGGGGAUAGGAUACCACAUCGCUCCAAUGCCCCCUUUCCCAUGCUCUGCAUCGCGCUUCACCAGUGCUUGUAGCGACGACCGCACCCACGCUUUUACCCAACCCUCGGUUCCAGUUGGGCACGAGAGGCAGACGAGAGACAUGCUGAGGGAGUUAGGCGAAGCGAGGGGUCUUCUGACACCCAUCUCCCCGUCAUCCCUUGCUCCCAUACUGCUCCCAUUUCCCCCUUCCCCGUUCCUUUCACAGCACGGCUAAACUCUUGCAGGGGGUGCCGUAGUCACCCGAAUUUUAGCGCGUAUUUGCUUAUAGGGAUUUUAGGGGAAUUCACAGGCGCAUGUUAUGAAAUGGAAGUUAUAAGUCUCAGAACUAGAUUUUUUAAUGAUAAUAGAGUUAGAGAGUACAU